ACAAAGCUAUUCGGGACAGACGAUCGAUUUGGCGACGGUUGUCCGCCCAUUUUAUCCCGAUGUUCAUGACGCUUUAAGGCGUAAAUCGGUAGAAAAUGGUGUUCGAAUCGCUGGUUGUAGACUUGUUGAAUCGUUUUCUUGGCCAGUAUGUUGAGAAUCUGGAUGCGUCGCAGCUGAAGCUUGGCAUUUGGGGUGGAGAUGCUGUUCUUGAAAAUUUGGAUGUGAAGGAAGGGGCCCUGGAUGAGCUAGACCUACCUGUCAAGAUCAAGUCAGGCCAUCUGGGCAAGCUUACCCUCAAGAUCCCAUGGAAGAACCUGUAUUCUGCCCCUGUAGAGGCAUCUAUUGAGGGCCUGUAUGUCCUGGUUGCACCCAACACAGACAUCAAGUAUGAUGCAGAAAAGGAUGCUAAGCAGAAGUUUGAAGUUAAGCAGAGAACCCUGCAGCGUGUGGAAGACACUAAGCAGAAGGAGAAAGAAAGAGAGGAGGGCAAAGAGAAAGACCCAAAAGCUGACUCCUUCGUGGAGAAGAUGGCCACCCAGGUGAUUAAGAAUCUGCAAGUCAAGGUUGCAGACAUCCAUCUGCGCUAUGAGGAUAAGACAACCAAUCCUGAUGCUCCGUUCUCUAUCGGUGCAACCCUACACAACAUCUCACUCAAGACUACAGAUACCAACUGGAAGGAAUGCUUGGCUGAUGCCUCUACAAAACUCAUUUACAAGAUGCUCCGUCUGGAUUGCCUAUCUGUGUACUGGAAUUGUAACAGUGAGCUGUACUCUGGAUUGGACAGACCUCAACAACAGGCCAAGAUGAAGAGCACCAUCACUGCUGACCCCAAGAACACCCCUGGUGACUUCCAAUAUUUGGUAGAGCCCAUCUCCCUGAAAGCUGAGCUGAAACUGAACACCAAACCAGAGAAUGAUCUAUCCAACCCCAAAGCCUGGCUGAAUCUAGUCAUCGAUAGCAUUGGGCUGGCCAUCCGUCAGAAACAGUUCCGCGAUGUCAUGCAAAUGCUGGACUCGUUUGAGCGUAUGAUCCGCAAUGAGCCAUUCAGGAAAUAUCGGCCAACCUGCCCCUUAAAAGGCAACGCCAAAGCCUGGUGGCACUAUGCCAUGAACAGUGUUCUAGAGGAGACGGUACGAAGACGGCACAAGAUGUGGUCAUGGAAACACAUCAAGGAACAUCGCAACAUGCUGAAGGAAUACAAACAGCUCUAUGUCAAGAAACUAGACACUAGUAAACCAGGAAAGGACUUGAUUGCCAGUCUAGAGAAUAUUGAGAAGCGGUUGAGUGUAAUGAACAUCACCAUGUGCCGUCAGCAGGCUGAGGUAGAGUUCCAACGACUGGGCAAGAAGCGGGCCAAGGAGAAGGCAGAGAAAGGGUGGUUUGGGGGAUGGUUUGGAGGAGGCAAGAAGGCAGAAGCUAAGAAGGACGAAGGUGAUUUGGGCGACGUUGCAGGCCGCUUCCAAGAGGCCAUGUCUGCUGAGGAGAAGGCCAAACUAUACGAUGCCAUUGGCUAUAGUGACAACAGUGUCGACCCCACCUUCCCCAAAGAUUAUGUGGGCAUCCAAGCUCAUCUGAACCUGAAGAGCACCAGCGUCAAGAUCCUGGAUGAGGAACGCAAGAUGCCUCAAAUCCUGAACCUAUCCGUGACUGAGCUGACAGCAAAUUUCAGCCAGAGACCGGCUGCCGAAGCCAUCAAACUAGAAGCCAAGCUUGAUGAUUUCAGUGUCUUUGGCACACCCCUGGAUGAUGGGACCACCCCUCAGAUGGUAGAAUCUCAAAAGUUGGAGGCAGAUAAGAAGUACGCCCUACUCAGCUUGUUGGUAGAGACCAACCCUAUGGAUGGCAAGGCAGAUCAGAGGGUUAAACUCUAUACCAGGCCACUCAAGAUCGCUUAUGAUGCGAAUACUAUCAAUCAGUUUGUGAAGUUCUUUGAGCCUCCAAAGGAUGUCCAUCUGGAUGAUUUGUCGGCAGCUGCUGUGUCUUCAUUGGGUGAUUUCACUGUACAGUCCUCCACCGGCCUGCAGUUCAUGGUUGAUAACAAGAACAUUCUGGAUGUCAACAUAGACGUCAAGUCAUCCUACAUUAUCAUUCCAGAGAAUGGAGUCAAUGACGGCCGGGGCAGUUCACUGAUUGUAGACCUAGGGAAUUUCAAGAUGUCAACAGUGAAUGAGGAGAGGCCAAAGGGUCCCAGACUGGAGAAUGAAUCUCUAGAAGAGUUGAUGAAGAAGGCCUAUGAUAGGUUCAACAUUGAGCUGCAGACUGUACAGGUUAUCCUGGCAGCUGAAGGUGAUGAUUGGCAGGCAGCCAGGGAACUCAAGGGAUCCCCUCUACAUCUCCUGCAGCCGUUGGACUUGAAUGUGGGACUCAAUAAAUGUAUGGUGGAAGACUCCAGGCUGGCCAAGAUCAAGAUAACAGGAGAACUCCCUGACGUCACAGUGGAUGUGUCUGAUUUCAAGCUCCAGGAACUGCUGAAACUUGCACUAAGCAUUCCGGUUCCAGAGACGAGCAAAGAACCGGAACCCAAGUUUGCUCGGGACCAGUUACCUGUCUCUCCUAGACUGUCCCCUCUCCUUGCUUCAGUGGCUGACUCACCCGAUGGUCCUGUCCGUGUAAGUGUGGAUGCUCAUACUGAUAGCUCCGACUCAGAGGAAUAUUACACAGCCAGCGACAGGUUUCUUGACCAGAGAGACCCCAUUGUUCCAUCGGACCGCCCAGUCAAAACCAGCCUUGGUGUUAAUGCAGGGGCGGAGCCUGUGACAACCGGCAAAGGCGGGACAGCCAGGCCGGCCGUCCAGAAACAUGACAGUAUGGCUGACAUGCAGAGAACCAAUCUUGAGCUCAAUUUUGAACUCAAGAAGGUUGGGUUGAACCUAUACCAGCGUUUGUCUGGAGAAGACAAGCCUCUGAUCUCAGUAGCCAUUCAUUCCCUGGGAGCCGAGGUCCGUAUGAAGCCAUGGGAUAUGAACGCUAGCGUCUCACUGGGUAGUGUGUCAGUACAGCAUAGGCAGUUCCAAGCUUUGGAUGGUGGGGACCUGUACCUAGUCAGGACACCAGCUUACGAGAAAGGCACUGACAGACUGCUGUCCAUUAAUUAUCAAAAGGCUGAGAAGAAUAACCCCGAGUUCUCCACCACCUACCAAUCGACCGAGCAGAAUAUCACCGUCAAGUUCACAACCUUGGAGGUUGUUGCCCACUCGGAUGCUAUCUUGAACAUCACAGAUUUUGCUGACACCCUGGUAGCAAGUCUAGACACGGGCAAGAAAGAAGAGACUGGUGAGACCAGCGAGACUGAGGACGAAGGCUAUCUGAGUGAGGAUGAAAAGAAGCCCAAAGGCAAGAGGGUCAAGAAAGUGAAGCCUAGUGAUGUGAUUGAUGUCAAAGUGACUGCUAAUCUAGAUGUCAUCUCUCUGGUCCUGUGCACAAAAGAUACCUGCCUCACAGAGGUAUACAUCAAAGGAUUGGAAGCUGGUGUUCUGCUUCAGAAACACUUGACAACAGUGACUGCCUCCUUGCAUGACAUCACUGUCACUGACCCUACACCAGGAGCUCUACAUCCCAAGAUUGUUUCCAUCGUUGACGAUGAAGUAUUCAAAGUCAAGGCAGAGCUGUUUAACGGAGCUACUGCAGCCGAUGGCUACUCUGAUAUGAGCUGUGUCGACAUCCGUGUGGGGCUGAGCAUGGGAAGAAUGAGAGCUAUAUUCCUCAAUAAGUUUGUCAUGAGGCUGUUGUCUUUUGUUGAUCAGUUCUCUCGUGCCAAGGCAGCAGCAGCCGAAGCCAGCGCCAAUGCUGCAGCCGCUGCUAAGAAGACCGCUGAGAAUCUGCAGGAGCGCUGUGUGCGCAUCGCCCUGGACAUUGUCAUCAAGGCCCCACUGAUCAUCAUCCCUAAGGGGUAUAACUCAGACAAGGCUCUAGUGGCUGACUUGGGCCAGUUACUGGUACAGAACUCCUUCAGUAUUGCAGCAGGCACUGAGAGCAGAGAGCUGCCUGCUGUGCUGGAUAAGAUGGAGGUUGCCUUGCAGUCAAUCCAACUCUCUAGAGCCAUCAUGGAGGGAGGUCGUAUCAAGUCAGAAGUAUUGAUGCUAGAACCCAUGGGCUUGAAUGUUGACUUGACUCGUAAUCUAGCAGCUAGCUGGUACCAUAAUGCCCCGGCAGUAGCCCUGUCUGGAAAACUACAGACUAUCAAGGUUUGCAUAGGUCCUGAUGACUUUGCCCUGAUGAUGGGCAUACUGAAUGAGAACAUAGCUGAAGGGCAGCCCGACACACCUAGUGAGGACUCCCCUGCCGCAUCGGGUGGGGAAACCAAGGCAGAAGGAGGGACUGCAACCACUGCGGCAAAAAUGGAGAAGACAAAGGAGUCCCAGUCAGAACCCCCACCAUCAGAGACAACUGAGGAGCCAUGGGAACAGAUCUGUGUUGACUUUGAACUGGAAGGGAUCUGUGCCUCCCUGUAUACCGGGAAACUAGACCUGCGUGCAAACGAGGGACGUCAGGAGCGGGUAGCCCAUGAAGCAUUGGGCUGUUUUGCCAUCUGUCAGCUUGGAGUCAAGGCCAGCAUUCAGUCCAACCAGGCUAUCACGGCCGCUGCUAAACUGGCUAAGAUACUCCUGGAUGACAUCAGGCCUGGUAGAGGCGAUGGUAUCACAAGGAUGCUUGGUUCCCAUGGCGAUGAUUCUGAUGACAUGGAAACAAUCUCGGUCAAGUUUGAGCAGAAAGCCAACCAGGACAAAAACAUUGAGGCAUCAGUCAGGAACUUCCAUGCCUGUGUCUGUGCCGAGUUCUUGAUGACUGUAGCCGAGAUCUUCACCAAAGGCUUGGAAGAGAGUGCAGUGGCCAAGACGGAGGAGAAAAAGAAACCCAUCAAGACGGCGACACAAACCCCCACAAACACCCCGACAGGUACCCCAGAGGACCCGGAUGCUCCCCAGCAAGGGGUGAUCACCAUCAAGGCCCUGCUGGAUAACCCUGAGAUUGUGCUAGUAGCAGACUCUUCCAAGAAGGACACUAAUGCUUUGGUUCUGAAGACUCUGGGAGAGGUGAACAUGACAAUAUCAGGAAAGACCAUGUCCAUCAAAGGAGGAUUGCAACAGUUGCGUAUCAAUGCUUGCCCUUACCUGGAAGACCAACGCAAAGGCAAAAUGACCAAGGUGCUGGUUCCAUGUAACGUUGACUUCAACCUGAACACCCCAGACGGCAAAGGUCAACAUAUCAGCCUGCUGAUUGAACAGCUGGCUCUGAACAUCAGUCCCGAGGUCAUCAAAGUCUUGAGCUCCGUCAGUCAGACGCUCACUCCUCCAAAGACGGAAACAGCUGAGGAGAAACGUAGUAAAGCCAUUGUUCCGGCUGACUUGUGGGAUGCCAAGAAGAUCGCAGACUGUAAUUUCUGGUUCCUGAAAGAAGAAAAGGGAGUAGAUGUGACCACGUUGCUUGAGGAGGCAGUAGUGGGUGCAGUAGAGCAGCCUAAGGGAGAAGAACUGGUUGCAACUAUCAAUAGUAUCAUCAUCAAGCUUGAAGCUAGCGUAGGCAGACGUACAGUACCCAUGCUGACAGUGGAUGCUAGCAUGGAGGCAGUGGUGAAGGAUUGGUCAUCUAAGUUACAUGUUGAGACCCGUAUGACUGCUGAGAUAGCCUGCUACAAUGAGAAGGCUUCAGCCUGGGAACCUCUCCUGGAACCCUUGGAAGCAGAGCCUGGCCAGCAUAAAGCAUGGGACAUCAAUCUGGAUGUUGUCAAGAAUGAUGAUCUGUUAGACGUCUCAUCUGUAGCAGCCUCCGGUGAGGCAGAAGAGGAAGAAGACAAUAUCCACCUUGCCCCUCCUGUCAUGACUGUCACCUUAUCCUCCAGCAGUAUGCUUCAAUUGACCCUGACCAAGACAUGUCUGGAGAUGCUGACCAACUUGGGCAAGGCAUUUGGUGAGGCUAUGUCAGAUCCUAACACAACCAUCAAAGAUGAUGUAGUCGUGCCUGCAUGUACAGUGAUCAACCGCACCGGCCUGCCGCUGGUUGUACAAGCUGGAAGUUACUACGCUAUGCCGACUGGCGUCACACCUGAGGGCAAGUACAGCCUGAAGAACAACGCCCAAGUGGGUCUGUCCUUAGCAACUGCUGUCAUGGCAUCCACGAGGCAGAAAUCUAUCCUGAAAUCAGGAGAAACAGAUCUCCAUAGAGAAAUAUCCAUCCAGAUUGAAGGAUAUCAAGAAGUAGCACAUAUUGCUGUAUACCGUGCUGGUAAGGUCUUGUAUAACCUGACUCCAUCUAAGAAGACCCCCUCGGCUACCGUCAUCUCAGUGGUAUUGGAUAUUGAGGCUCAGCUAGACUCCAGAACAGUCACUAUCAGAUCACCGCUUCAAUUCUACAACCACUUUGAGUCAGAUGUGGAAAUCUACACCCGUGUGUCCAACUGGACUGAGAAACUUGGUACAAUCAAAGGGUCAGAGAAGUUUGUAGUGCCACUCAAUGUGGCCCACAAUGACCAGCUGCUGGUCAAACCACUGGACAAAAGCCUUGACGUUGAGUACAGUCUGUGUGAUGCCCCUGUCAUGUGGCAGAAGUUGUGGGAGGAGCUACAGAAAGGUCAGGGGAGUGUGACCUUCAGGUGUCCCUGUAAAACAGAAGGCUACACGCCUUUCUUCAUCAACAUUGUGACUGAGCCUGAUGUGAUGCGGUUUGUGCACGGCAACUCACUGACAGCACCCAAGUUUACUCUUCAUCUCUACCCUGUUGUGAUUCUACGCAAUCUCAUGCCAAUCCCGAUCGCAUAUACCUUGGCAGGCUCAGGUUUGGAGGUCAAAGUCGAUCCUGCUGCGCAGUCUCAGUUAUCCAACGUUGACAUGGGCAAGACCAUGAUCAUGCUAUCGCUGCUAGGCUAUGCCGGUACUGAUUGGCGCGGUGAGAUCACCAUCAGACCAGGUCUGAAGGAAUUCUUCCAGCUAGGCUUCAAGGGUGGAGCAUCCAAUGAACUCUGGUUAGAGCUGGGUGUGAUGGCUGACUACAGCGGAGGCUACCUAGAAAUGGCCAUCUUUGCUCCCUAUUGGCUGGUCAACAAGACGGGACUGCCUCUGACCUACAAGGCAGGGAAUGACAUGAUUGAGCAUCCACCAGAUAAGAAGGAGCCCAUCUUGUUUUCUUAUCCAACAAACAAAGGUUUCAUCCCUGGCAAAAAUAAGAUCUCAAUGAAGGUUGGUGAAUCCAACUGGUCAGACAAGUUCUCCCUGGAUGCUGUGGGUAGCACUGGCUUCAUCUCUUGUAAGACUGAUGAAAAAAACACUGAGGCCGAAGGAGCUGGUUCUUCGAAACCCAAGAAAUACAGCCAUCAUCGUAUAAUCAAGGUUAGAGUACAGAUUCAGCUGAGUAACUUUGGGAUGACCAAGAUUGUAGUCUUCAACCCUCGCUACCUCCUGGUCAAUCAGACCGAGUUCCCUGUGCGUUGUGCAGAACUUUAUCAAGACCAACUGAUUGAGGUUCCACCAAAGGAGUGUAUCGCCUUUUGGCCCAUUGACAAGAAGAAAAAUCCCAAGAUGGUAGUGAUGGCAGAGGAUUCCACAGAGAAGUCUCUUCCUUUCCUCUUCACUGACCCACACACCACGGUUCUCAAGCUGGACUCCAAGGUUGGUGGUAUCAUAGUUGAUACAUCAGUCACAGAGACUGCCACUGUUGUUAGUUUUGAGUCCUUCAGCAAAGGCAAUUUCACUGUACAGCUGAUCAACCACACGGACGGCAUGCCUGUCAAGUACCAUCAGGCUAAUGUAAAAGAGGAGCAGACAUUGCAACCAGGAGAGGCUGUCCUGUACACCUGGCAGAACCCCACAGAGAUCCGCCAACUUGUCUGGAAUGUGGGCGAGAAAGACCACAAGAAUGACCUCAUCAAGGAUGGUAUUGGUGAUUUCAAACACGAUGGUCGACAAAUGUACUGGGUGUCUUUCCUGGAUGGUACCCAACGCAUGCUAUGCUUCACAGAAGAUCUUGCUUUAGCAACAAACGCAUCACAGGCAGCAGAGUUGGAGCAGUCAGAUCUGGAGCUGGUCUUGUCACUACCUGGUAUCGGUCUGUCGCUUGUCAACAACCUGACUAGAACUGAAGUGGCGUACAUUGGUAUUAUCAGCUCCGGCAUCAUCUGGCAGAACAAGAUUCGUCGACGUUGGCGUGACAUGAACGGUAAACAGAUGAAACUCUUGGAGGAUGGAUACCAGAAGGCACAGGGUGAACUGACGGCAGAGAAGGAUGCCCCGCCCAAAAUCACCAAGCUGGAAAAAGACUUUGAGGUUGAUUUCCGCACCAUGAGUAUGAUGCUACCCCAACGUCGCGCCAUUCGUCGCACCUAUCACACAGGGAUGUGGGCUCAGGUCCGUACUGCUAAACACCAGUUGCAGGUUCAUCUGAUGAUCCAUCGUAUCCAGAUAGAUAAUCAGAUGCCAGCUGCCAUCUUCCCAACAGUCUUGGCCCCGAUACCACCACCUAAGAGUGUCUCUGCUGAGAGUGUUCCCAAGCCCAUGAUUGAGUUCAGUCUGAUGAUGCGCUACUCAGAGCACAGUAAAGUCAACCAGAUCAAGUACCUCAAGUUGCUGAUUCAAGAGAUGGCAGUCAAGGUGGAUAUUGGGUUCAUAAGCAGCCUGGCUGCUGUGUUUAUCAGUGGGCAGGACACUACUGGCAUGGAGGCUCUCGGUCCCGAUCGCUCAUUGUGUUUGAAGUGGAUGGAAGAAGACUUGCAGGUGUGUACCACCACCUACUUGGAUGAAGAGGCUGUUAAGGUUGCCUUAGCUGGAAGCGUCAACUUCUUUGAUAACUUCCAUCUCUCACCCCUCAAGACUCAUGUCAGCUUCUCUCUAUCGGACACCGGCGGUGAAAACGAUUUAUCAGCAGUCACCAAGAAGGCUUCAGUCCAGCAGAAUGCUAUACGGCUUAUCCUGCAGAGUGUGGGCGUCACACUCACAAAUGUGGACGAUGUCGUUUUCAAACUGGGUUUCUUUGAGCGUGAGCACCAGUUCUACAGCCAGCAGCAGCUGACAUCAGAGAUAGUCGGCCACUACACCAAUCAAGCCAUCAAACAGCUGUAUGUACUGGUACUCGGCUUAGAUGUCAUUGGUAACCCAUUUGGCUUUGUGCGUGGUGUACAGACUGGCGUGGUGGAUUUCUUCUAUGAACCUUACCAGGGUAUCGUUCAAGGGCCUGAGGAGUUUGCUGAGGGUGUGGCCCUGGGUAUGCGCAGCCUGUUUGGUCAUGCAGUGGGUGGUGCAGCCGGUGCAGUGUCUCGUAUCACAGGGACUCUAGGCAAAGGCCUAGCAGCACUGACCAUGGAUGAGGAGUAUAAGAGAAAGAGACAACAGGCUAUCAACCAGAAACCGGCUACAUUCCAAGAGGGAUUAGCUAGGGGUGGCAAGGGACUAGUCAUGGGUUUUGUGGAUGGCGUGACGGGCGUGGUCAAGAACCCCUUCCAGGGGGCUAAGAAGGAGGGUGCCAAGGGGUUCUUCAAGGGCGUCGGCAAAGGUUUGGCAGGCGUGGUAGCCAAACCCACAGGAGGUGUCAUUGACUUUGCUAGCAGCACCUUUGAAGGCAUUCGCAGGGUAACUGACAUGAGUGAGGAUGUAUCCAGGCUGCGUCACCCACGUUACCUUCACCUAGAUGGCAUAGUCCGUCCCUAUGAGAAACACGAGGCAGAAGGCUUGAAUCUCUUCCAUCAGAUUGAUAAGGGCAGAUACUCCCAGACAGAGGACUAUGUAGCACAUAUGCAACUGACUGCAGACAAGAAGCAUUAUCUGGUUGCCACUGAUCAGCGACUGAUACUGACCAGCAAGGGUGAAGUCUUAGGCCAUUGGAAUGUAGAGUUCCAGUAUCCUUACAAGGACCUAAAGGACCCUCCAGCACUGACGGAGAAAGGACUACAAAUCAUGCCCAAGGAGGAUCCGGAAAAGAGCAAGAAGAAAGGAUUUGGUCUGGGGUUACUGAAGGGCAAGUCAGGCCAUGGGAAGAUAGUUCAUGUCUCGGAUAGGAAAGAGGCUGAGUAUUUCAUCGUCAAGGUAACCGACGCAAUGGCAAAGGCUUUGAAACUCGUGGAGUAAAGUUGAGAGACAGCGUCAGUGAGUGCAAGACAUUGAGCACGUACUUGCAUGAAUUGGUGAGGGAACAUUGUCUGGAUUGGACAACUUAGAAAAUGAACUGUAUGGUAUUUUUGAAAUGGUGUUCAACAAAACAUGCCAACUGCUGUUUAGUCAAUGUUAUAGGCAGCAAGCUCUAAAGUAUUUUAAAACGUGAUAUUUGUAAAUUUACAUGGAUGUGUUUUCUAUAGCGAUCUGUUCAGGCGUGAGUGCCGAACAAUUAACAGAAAGCAAGACAAUCAAAUUCUUAUGUCUAGGAGAGACAAUCGUUAGUCAUUCAGUUCAUAGAAUUUUAGCACAUAAACCUUGUUCAUUAAGGCAUAGAUUCCCUUUGUGGGCAAUAGUCUGUGAGAAACUCACUUCAGAGUUCUGUGUACAACUUUCUGUAGUUUACUUUGCCUUGAUCUGUAGUUACUCUUGCUUUGGGUCAUCAAGAGAAAGUAUGCCACUUUUUAACGAGUUAUGUUUACAUUUCAAACUGUUAUCAUUUAUAUGAUGAGGUGUCUGUUUGGUACAAGAAAACACAGCUACAGUGUUUUUUGAUAUUAAGAGGUUGGCUUGACUCCUGUCCAACAGUAUUAACUGGUAGCCUGCUUCAGGAGGCUGUUUUGUCUCUUAUGGGUUACCAGUGCAGGCGAGCCUCUAUAUUGAAGAUAUAGUUUACAAUAAAAAAAAUUUGACAGAAUUUUAUCAUCAGAUGAAAUGAUGAACUAAACCAGGAGAUUGGUGUUGAAGAUAUUGAACAAAGUAAUUGUGAUUAUCAACAAAAUUUUGAUUUUUUUUUUUCUUAAGAAGUUGUGAAAACUUGUUGUCAAGAAACAGUGUGACUUUGAAAAGGAUGUAUGUGUUCAUCAUAAAGAUAUUGUUAUGAAACCAUUCAUAAUGUGAAAGCUAAAAUAAUAAGUUUUAAACUACAAAGAUCAAAAGCACAAAAACAAUGUGUCUUUUUAAGAAACCCGCAUUCAUUUAAAACUUAAAUGCCUAACUGCAACCUCAGGUAACUUGAAGUAAAAUGUUGGUCACAGGGUACACAUCAGCUGGAUUCAUGCUGUGAACUCAUGUUCUUUUCACACAAUGCUUUGGUUUGUGUACCUCAAAAUGAACUGUGGCCAUAUGCUGUCUGUGCCUUAAGCAAGCAUGAACCAACGGGUGCACAGUGUGUAUUUCCUUUGGUUAUUAUGAGUAGGACUAACGGCAUCAUUUAGAGUUCCUGCUUCGAGCCGAUACACUAAUUUUUACUUUUUCUAGUUCGAAAUAUUUGUAGGGACAUUAUACAGAUGGAUACUAUGGACACAGUGAUAUUCAAGCCUUUAUUUGUGUAUGAUGAUAAAGCUGAAUUUUAAUACAACUUUCUUGCAGUUGGGGGGGGGGAGAAAAUAACGAUUCUAGCAUUGUGAUAUGAACAGCAUUGUGUGGAUAUUAAUAUGGCAGUGUACUUGUACCUGAAUUUAUGUAUAUGAGGAACAACUGCCGUAUGACAUUGCCAAUGUGUUUGGAAUUAAGUCUAACAAUACUGGGACUAAAUGUUUGUUGCUACUGACUAGCGCCCCUUGAACAAAGAUAUUGACUAAUUGGGGAACCACCAACAUAGGGCUGGAUAGCUCAGUU